UGAGAUCUAGGCUGCUCAGCUCAUAGGGCAAUUUUGAGCCGAAACAGGUGUUGGUUGCGUUCGAGGUGGGGUAGCAACGGGCACGUCGGACACACUGGAUGUGCCUGCUGUCUAGGCCAUCAAACCAGGGUUUGUCGUCCCUGCCCUUCUUGGCGUACAGUCGGUAAUUGAGAGUCCCAUUGAUGGGCUCCAGUUCCACAUCCGACUGCUGCGCACUUGCGGGCGUUGUGCUGCCGAACUUGGCCGAACUGGCCGAUGCGUCUGCGACCACCCACAGGCAUAAGAUCGCAACCUCCAGGAACAUCCUGCGGUUUGUAAAUAACCAAGUUAUUUUAAUUGCCCACACCAUUUGCCAGAGGCGAGUCACUCACAUAAUGUUUGGCAUGCGCGGAAAGUUUAAGUACUGCAUCCGCUUAUAAAAAUCAUUAAAUAGCUGCCUUGUGUGAAUUUUAAUGGGCUGAAUGCCCGUUUCUUGCUCAGCGGUUCGUCAGUGCAUCGUGAAGGCGCUUUCGUUGGACUCGGGAUAUCCUGGUUUAAUUGUUCCCUUUGAAGGAUUGCAGUGUUUUUAAAAAAGAGAAAAAAAAAACAAGAACCAAGGAGGAAAACAAAAAUAAACGCGACUCAACGUGAAGCUGAAGCAACAAAUGUGCGACCAUUCAGGGCCAGUUUAAAUAUACCCAUGUUAUCGGUCAGCGAGAUUUGCAUGUUAUCGGUCGGCAUCGGUUAUUAUCGGUCAUAGCUGCAACAAGUCGAAUGAUAUGCAAACAAAUCGGAUUUAUUUUGUUCGAUCGUAACAUAAGAUAACAUCAACAUAAAAUAAGAAAUAUGAUCAUAUGUAGAAAUGCAUCAGCAAACGAAAAAGGUGUUCCCCGCAACAUUUUGACUAUAUGGCAAUGCUGGCCGCUGGCUUAUUUAUUUAUGCCAUGCGCUCGACGGUCACACUGGGUGCGGAGUAUCGAUAACACCGCGAUAGUAGCGCACCAAGCAUCGAUGUAGUUUUUACAUCCCUAUUCUGCAAUAUUAUUUCACGGCACGGUCCAAAAACACGGAUAACAGGGCUUGGUUGGAGUCGCGCAAACGCAAAUAGAAGCCAUGGACGUUGCCCCCGCACCGCCCGCCAGUUCCGGCGGCGAUCAUAGCACCCAGCAGGCGCCGAUCAGUCCGAAUCAAAAUGCAAACCAAGCGCCGGUCGCACUCGCAAAGGCAACAACAAUCGAAAAUGGUGUACAAACAGGAGGAGCGAAAAAGCCAGAGAGCUGCGGUGAGAAAGCCCCCGCCGUAGAGCCGACACAUUCCACUGAUGCUAGCCAGAAGGACGACGACGAGGGCAAGCCGAAGACCGAGCUGGCUGACAAAGUAUUGAUUACCAUAUGCAGCGCCGAUCGCAAGAUCAAGAAGACCUUCAUGUCGUUGCCCACUCGAAAGGAUGUAAUCGACAAAGCUCACAAAUACGGCCUGUGCGGCAACACAAUUGUCCUGGAGAGCAACGGCUGCGAGAUCUGCGAGGACGACGUGCUCUUGUUCGCUGCCAAGGAGAAGAUUCUGUUGAUGCUCCUCGCCGAGUCGGAGGAGUAUGUGGUGCUUCCUCCGCCAUCGCCCCUCAACCGAUCCGAACGCGCCGGCAGCUCGGUGGAUCCCAGCUUCUAUGCCAACAACAGUAUUGUGUCGAACCCGAACGAUUCGACGGUCUCUAAUGACGAAACCAUGUCACUGUCCAGCGUAACGCCAUCAAGUGCAAAGAGUUCUGCUCUAUUCAAGGAGUUCUCGAUACCCUGGAGCAAGGUGCCUGGGGACAUAAUGAAACUACUAAAGGGAAAGGGGAGUUUGGGCAAGCGGUUGAAUACACUUGCGAAUGUUUUGGUGGAGGCUCUCCGUGAAAUAUCCGCCCACAUUCCCAUACGGAUUUUCCGGCAGGUCGCCCAACAGGCGGCUGAAAAGUACCCCGACUCCUUACUCGAAAAAGACCGCGAGGGACAGUUUAUAGCCACCACUCCGCAAUCGCUCAUAUCCAAGAUGAUCAACCGUAACAAUGCCCUAAACAAACCCCAGAAACGCGGCAGCUCGGGAACCUUUGAGAUCCACAUCCCUAAUAAAAAACGAAAAUUCGGAGGUGGUGCUUCCAAUGGUGAUGCAAAAUCGCUGGCUCUUAACAGGGAUCUGGAGCACAAAAAGGAGUUACUAAUCUCCAGCUACCGAGGCAGUUCCCCACUGGAACAGUCCGUCAUAAUCGAAUAUAUGAAAGAGUGCUUUCCGUUGCAGCGCUCCUUUUUUAAUAACAGCGAAAAGAUCCCAGAUAUAACGGCCAUUAAGGACAAUUGGCCAUAUAUUUUUGACAAGGCUGUGCUGUACCAGCACUUUGAGCUGCUUAUGUCCAUCGAUCCCCGGGCUCUAGAGAAGCGCUUGGCUACCGAAAAGGAUCGCUUUUUCAGGUUCUUUAAGAGUUCAAAGAACAAGAAGAUCAGCUCUUUGGACGAGACCAACGCUAAUUUCCUGCGUGGCAUAGCGUACUAUUUUAAUGAGGAUCCCGACUACAUUUUCAAGCACCUCGAGAACAGUUCCCUUAGCAAGGAAUCACUGCAAAGCACGAAUCCCACAAACGCCCCCUGGGUGGCUCUAGUCAAUUCACCCAUAACAACGGCCGACGGCGUGGAAUCGCAAAUGGAGGCGAAGGUCUACAUUGAAGGCCAGAUAAUGGCCACAUUCGCCGCCAAAGACGAAGACCUGCCGGACAUUCUGGCCCAGUUAAUCUGCUACUACUAUACCUUUAACAUGAUGUACCCUAAGGAAGCCAAUCAAACACUCGAAUUUAUCGUCGUUUACUUUCUGCAGCACUCGCCGGAACAAGUGCGAUCGGCCAAAAAGUCUGUGACCACCAACGGCAAGUUUAACCACCUCAUCGCCAAGCUUGCCAAUGUACAUGGCUGAGAUUUCAUUUGGACGAUUUUUGGCUGGAACCAUGGCGCAGCGAGCGCCACUUCAAUCUCCUCUUGCUCCUCCCAACGGAGGAGGAGCCGAACUCUGUUUAGUUUAUUUAUUUUCGCCGACCUAUUCCACAUGUAUUUGUACCACUAUUUUUAAGAUUUGCAUAAAGUGUGUAGUAAUGUUGUGUAUACAUUUCUGAUUUGUCACCCG